CAAAAGAGGUUUAUAAGUAUUUGAAUUUGUAAAACAUAGACAUUUUUUGGUGUUUGAGUGUUUGUGAGGUGCUGAAAAUUUGAAGUCUUUUGAAGAAGAAAACGUACGAGAAAUGGUUCUCUCUGGGUGUAGUUACCCUCCAAAACAAGGGCUCUACUCACCUGAAUUAGAAAAGGAUGCUUGUGGCCUUGGCUUUAUUGUAAAGAUCAAUGGAGAAUGCUCGAACAAGAUUGUCACAGAUUCCUUGAUCAUCUUGAAAAGAAUGAGUCAUCGUGGGGCAUGUGGGUGUGAGGAGAACACAGGUGAUGGUGCUGGAAUCAUGACGGCACACCCACAUGAAAUGUACCAAAAUCUCAUAAGGGAAAGUCACUUGGAGUUUCAACUUCCUGAACCUGGUUGCUAUGCUACAGGAAUAAUAUUUUUAGAUCGAGACACAAAGAAGGCAUCAGAAGGACAAGAACAGUUUGGGAGAAUAUGCAAUGAGCAUAAAAUCAAGGUUCUUGGCUGGCGUGAUAUCCCGUUUGAUGACAGCUCUCUAGGCACAACUUCAAAAGGAUGUCAGCCCAUCAUAAAACAGGUGUUCGUCACGAGUUCAUAUGAUAGCAAUACAUUUCGUCACAAGUUGUUUUUGGUGAGAAAAGUAGCAUCUCACACUGUCAAGACCAAAAACAGACGUUUUUACAUCUGUAGUCUGUCCCCAGAUGUUAUGGUUUACAAGGGUAUGUUCACUGUAAAUCAGCUGUCAGAAUUCUAUCUGGACCUCAAAAGAGAAGAUUAUGUGUCCCACUUUGCUAUUGUGCAUGGAAGAUUUUCCACCAACACAUUUCCAAGCUGGGAGAGAGCACAUCCAAACAGAUAUCUUUCACAUAAUGGAGAAAUCAACACCAUCUGUGGCAAUACGAACAACAUGUGUGCAAGGGAAGGCAAUAUGUACAGUGAAUAUUAUGCAAAACAUACUGAAAGUCUGUUUCCUGUGGUGGAAGAGGAAUUAACAGAUUCAGGAAGAGCAGACAACAUCCUUGAGCUACUAAUCAUGGCAGGACAGAGAUCACUUCCAGAGGCUGUGAUGAUGCUUGUACCAGAGGCGUGGCAGAAUAACUCACAGAUGAGCGCAGAAAAAAGGAAUUUCUACAAAUGGGCUUCCUGUUUUGUUGAACCUUGGGAUGGGCCUGCUCAGUUCACGUUCUCAGAUGGUCGAUAUGUUGGUGCUACUCUUGACAGGAACGGGCUCCGCCCAUCGCGGUAUUACAUCACACGUGACGGUCACAUGGUCAUGGCUAGCGAGGUGGGAGUGCACACUUUUGCUGAUGAGGAGAUCAUAUUCAAGGGUCGGCUCCAGCCCGGUAAGAUGCUUCUUGUUGAUACUAAGCAGGGUGUCGUUGUAGAAGACGAGCAGCUUAAGCAUCAGAUGGCGAACAAGUAUCCCGUGGGGGAGUGGCUGGAGAAWGGAAUUGUGGCCCUUGGAGAUCUACACAAGGCAUAUCGUAAGUSUAAAGGUCUUCCAGACGAUAUCAUCUUGCCCGUCAUCAGGAGCUUCGACAAGGUCAGCUGUCUCGAAGAAGAUCGACGUCUGCCAUUGUUUGGUUAUUCUGUAGAAGACCUUACCAUGUUGAUCGUUCCUAUGAUCAUCAAUAGGAAAGAAGCACUUGGUUCGAUGGGGAACGACGCACCGUUGGCGUGCCUCAGCACUCAUCCCCAGAUGGUGUUCGACUACUUUAAGCAGCUCUUUGCUCAGGUCACAAAUCCACCUAUUGACCCUAUACGUGAAGCUAUCGUCAUGUCACUGGCGUGCCCAGUUGGUCCUGAGCACAACUUCCUCAAACCAGACGAGAAGAAUUGUCAGCGGUUAUACCUAGACCAUCCAAUACUGUCAUGCGCAGACUUAGAGAUCAUCCGGGAGUGUCCUCUUCCGCAGUGGAAGACCAAAACCCUUGAUAUUGUUUAUCCAGUAGAAGAUGGUAUCGAUGGCCUUGUUCCCGCACUCGAUAGACUUUGCGCCGAGGCCUCGAAAGCUGUAGAAGAAGGCUGUGCGUUUAUCAUUCUUAGCGACCGCAAAGCUGGAUUAAAAAACGUCCCUGUCAGUUGUCUUAUGGCUCUGGGAAGUAUUCAUCAUCACCUCAUCAGAACCAAACAAAGAAGAAAGAUUGGGAUUCUUAUCGAAUCCGCGGAAAUCAGAGAAGUACAUCAUAUAUGUCUUUUAAUGGGCUAUGGUGGCGACGCUGUCUGUCCGUACCUACUGCUCGAGACGGUUGCCAGCAUGAGGGACCAGAAUCUGCUGUCUCCUCCACUGUCAGACGAGGAGAUAGUAUCCCACUACAUCGAAGCUGCGCAAAAAGGAAUAUCAAAAGUCAUGGCCAAGAUGGGCAUCUCAACUCUUCAUAGCUACAAGGGAGCUCAGAUAUUCGAAGCAGUUGGUCUCUCACAAGAGGUUAUUGAUAAGUGUUUUGUUGGCACGCCCUCUCGUCUUGGUGGAGUCUCAUUUGAUAUCCUGGCUCGUGAGGCUUUGGACAAGCACAGCGUGGCGUACGCUGACAGGGAAUGCGACAACUGGUUACUUAGCAACRGGGGAGAGUACCACUGGCGUGACGGCGGCGAGAAACACAUCAACGAUCCACGAAGUAUCUCUUACUUACAGAAUGCUUCGAGGCAAAAGAAUCACGACUCGUACGAGAAAUACGCUCUAUCUACACUCGAGAUGGUCAAAGCUUGUACCUUGCGAGGGCAGUUGGAUUUCAAAUUUAGCUCCAAAAAGGUCGAUAUAUCCGAGGUGGAACCGGCCUCUGAGAUAGUGAAGAGAUUUGUAACUGGAGCCAUGAGCUUUGGGUCUAUUUCAAUAGAAACCCACACCGCGUUGGCCAAGGCCAUGAACAAGAUUGGUGGUAAGAGCAACACAGGUGAAGGUGGUGAAGAUCCCAACAGGGGUGGUGAAGGGGAGAAUAACACACGAUCAGCAAUCAGGCAAAUAGCAUCUGGUCGAUUUGGAGUUACAUCCACGUACCUGGCCAACACUUCUGAACUCCAAAUCAAAAUGGCGCAGGGAGCCAAACCAGGGGAAGGAGGAGAGCUUCCUGGUCAUAAGGUAACCCGUGAGAUCGCCAAGACAAGGAAAUCUGUACCAGGGGUUGGUCUAAUCAGCCCUCCUCCACAUCACGAUAUCUACUCAAUCGAGGACCUGGCCGAGCUCAUUUACAACUUGAAGUCCUUCAAUGCUAAUGCGCGCAUCAGCGUCAAGUUGGUGUCAGAAGUGGGAGUCGGUGUUGUUGCUUCCGGCGUCGCCAAGGGCCAUGCUGAACAUAUCGUCAUUUCCGGUCAUGAUGGAGGGACUGGGGCUAGCACGUGGUCGGGUAUCAAACAUGCUGGGUUACCAUGGGAACUGGGUUUGUCUGAAGCUCAUCAAACGUUGGUUUUGAACGACCUUCGCCGUCGAGUUUGUCUCCAAGUUGAUGGACAGAUGAGGACUGGCAGAGAUGUCAUUGUAGCAGCUUUGCUUGGUGCAGAUGAGUUCGGCUUCUCCACUGCGCCUCUAAUCGCUCUUGGAUGCACGAUGAUGCGAAAGUGUCACCUUAAUACUUGCCCUGUUGGCAUAGCAACCCAAGAUCCUGUUUUGCGAAAAAAGUUCGAUGGCAAACCAGAGUAUGUUGUCAACUUUUUAUUYAUGCUGGCAGAGGAGGUUCGCUCGUUCUUAGCUAAGCUUGGUUACCGUCGAAUGGAUGACAUUAUUGGUCGAUGUGACUUGCUGGUCCCAGGCGAAGCUCUUAAUCGCAAAACACAGUUACUGGACUUCAGCUGCAUGUUGACUCACAGCAAUGAGCUUCGUCCAGGCGACCACAGGGCUGGAACCGAACCACAGGAUCACAAGCUAGAUGAGAGGAAGGAUAAUGAUCUAAUAUCUAGGGCACAAGACGUGAUCAACGGCUCAUCAAAGAGGGUCGUAUUGGAUCUCAAUAUCGUCAACUCUGACCGAGCACUUGGCACCACUCUGAGCUACUACGUGGCCAAACGAUACGGCGAAGCAGGCCUUCCAGAUGAUUCAAUUCAUAUUAACGUCAAAGGAUCUGCAGGUCAAAGUUUUGGAGCUUUUUUAUCGAAGGGCAUCACGCUUGAGUUGGAAGGAGAUGCUAAUGACUACGUUGGCAAGGGUCUUUCAGGUGGACUCAUGAUCGUUUAUCCCAGUCAUAAACACGGCCCUCAGUUUAAAGCAGAAGAAAACGUGAUCGUUGGGAACACGUGCCUUUAUGGAGCAACCUCUGGCAAGGCUUUUAUAAGGGGAAUAACCGCAGAACGAUUUUGUGUGAGGAACUCGGGUGUGGUUGCAGUCUGUGAGGGCGUUGGUGACCACUGUUGUGAGUACAUGACGGGAGGCGUGGUCGUUGUUCUUGGACCAACUGGAAGAAACUUUGCAGCAGGCAUGUCUGGUGGAGUCGCGUUUGUCCUUGAUAGGGACAGAACAUUUGCUCAAAGGUGCAACCACGAGUCUGUAGACUUAGAAAACGUUACCGGAAAUGACGUAGACAUGUUGAAGCCGUUGCUACAGCAACACGUUGACUACACCAAGUCUUCCAUCGCUAAGCAUCUCCUGGCAGACUGGGAUGCCUCUGUUCAACUAUUUACCAAGGUUAUGCCCAAAGGUUUCAGAGAAGCUCUAGAGAAAAUGAAACAAGAGGAGGAAGCAGAGAAAGAGGAAAUAGAGAAAAAAGUGAGUAAAGAAGAAGAAAAGAAAGAAUAUUCUCCUCCCACCGUCAAAAAACGCAACGACGCAGCCAUCGUAGACAUCGAGUCAGCCAUUCCUGACUCGUGCAUGGAACAAAAGAUUAUCGAAAGAGUCUUAGAUAAGAGAAGGGGUUUCGUAAAGUAUGCCCGCAGUGGUAACCCUUACCGUCCCGCCAAGGAGCGCAUCAAGGACUGGAAGGAGAUCUACAGUGAUAAGAAACAAGAUCUGAAGGUACAAGCUGCUCGAUGUAUGGACUGCGGUGUACCGUUCUGUCAGUCCAAUUCAGGCUGUCCUCUGGGUAACGUCAUCCCCAAAUGGAACGACCUUGUCUUUCAGGAUGAAUGGCAGAAAGCACUCGAACGUCUCCUUCUCACAAAUAACUUCCCAGAAUUCACUGGAAGAGUUUGUCCUGCUCCCUGUGAGGGCGCAUGCGUACUGAGUAUCAACGCUAAACCAGUAACGAUCAAGAAAAUUGAAUGUACUAUCAUUGACCAUGGUUUUAAGAUGGGAUGGAUCAAACCACAGAUCCCUCUCAAACGAACAGGCAAGAAGAUCGCAGUCAUAGGAAGCGGCCCUGCCGGUCUGGCAGCUGCGUCACAGCUUAACAAGGCUGGUCAUCAGGUUACCGUGUACGAACGGAACGACAGGUGCGGCGGAUUACUUAUGUACGGGAUUCCUUCCAUGAAACUGGACAAAGAUAUCGUCCAGCGUCGCCUUGAUCUUAUGGCCGCAGAAGGUAUCAAAUUCAUCACGAAUACUGAUGUAGGAAAGACACUUGGUACCAAAGAACUGAUGGAUGAUAAUGAUGCAGUUCUCCUGGCUAUUGGUUCUACCUGGCCAAGAGAUCUACCAAUAUCUGGUCGUAACUUGGAAGGAAUUCACUUUGCCAUGAACUUCCUCGAAACAAGUCAAAAAAGACAAAUGGGUAACUAUUCAUUACCUUCCCUUGAUGCCAAGGGUAAGGACGUAAUCGUGAUUGGUGGAGGAGACACUGGUGUUGACUGUAUUGGCACGUCUUUGAGACAGGACGCCAAGAGUAUCAUAACCUUUGAACUUCUUGCCGAGCCGCCUCGUUCCAGGUCAAACAACAAUCCCUGGCCGCUAUGGCCUAGGAUUUUCCGAGUGGAAUAUGGACACGAAGAGGUUGCUAUCAAAUAUGGUCGUGAUCCUCGAGUCUACAACAUCAUGAGUAAGGAGUUUAUUGGCGAUGAGCGAGGUCACGUGACAGGAAUCAAGGCUGUAGAGAUCAACUGGGUCAAGGAGCCUAGCGGUAGAUGGGCCAUACAAGAAGUACCAAACACUGAACAGGUGUUCAAGGCCGACCUUGUGCUAAUCGCGCUUGGGUUUGUGGGGCCGGAAAAAGUGCUUUCUCAACRGUUGGGAACCAAAAUGGAUCCUCGCGGCAAUUUUUCAACAAAGAAAGGAAAAUAUGUAACGAACGUCGAUAAAGUCUUCACGGCCGGAGAUUGUCAUUAUGGCCAGUCUCUUAUUGUGACUGCCAUAGCUGAAGGGCGGCAAGCUGCAAGAGAAAUAGACCUGUACCUUAUGGGUACUACGUCACUGGCUGGUCCAGGAGGACAGAUCCAUAGCACUCGACCUCCUCCCAAAUGGCCACACUGAUGAGUCAGAGAAAGAGAAAGAUUCAUCAUAGGCCAGCCCCUAGGAGAUUCAAGCUCUGGAACAAUACCUCCUACCCAUACUCCAAAGUGAAGGUCCGUGGAAUUUCAAAGUGUUUGUAUCGUUGAAUUUGUGUAUUUUUUACUAUACUAUAAGUAUUUGUGAAUAUUAAGUCAAAGAUGUGGGACUAUGGCUGAGUAAAGUGUUCUGCAAUCAAGGAACGCUGUGGUAAUUUGGAACUCAAAACUAGUCUUUUUCCUCUGCAAAAAGUAUAGAAAUGUUCCAGAACAACAAAGUACGUCAAAAGAUUAAAAUGGGAUCAAAGUUCCUAUCACAUCUUGCGCAAACUGGGUGGUUUAUUUCCAUAUCAUUGGGACAGGUAUUGCCAUUGAUUAGGUUUUUUUUUUAAGUGAUUUUGCCUGGCCCAUGCAACAAAAUUGAAUAAUUAGUGACUAACAGUCAAAGUAAUAUUUAUACAAAAGAAAACAAUGGAAUUAGUUUUAGAUUUGCUACAGCUAUUUAUUUCUUUUAAAGUAUGAUCACAGAUCUCCCAAACACCAAUGGAAUUAGUGUCUACUACAAUGUAAUAUAUUUACUAUUCUUUUAAGGGCCGAGUAUAACAGUAGUGGCUAGGAAAUUGGGCAUUACAAUACCAUCUGUAUAUGCCUUUACAUACUCUAAUGAUGUACUUUUGAGAUGUGCACCCCAUGUUGGCCACACAUCUCUUUCGCCUACGGCAUUUUUUCGAUACGUGCAAUACGAAUAGGUAGAUAAUAGAUUUGAUUGAUGGUAGUCUAUUUGUCAAUUUCCCUGUCGCAACUGUUGUCUCUAUCAGAGUUUAGCAAUGAAAAUUGGUCAUUUAUAAAUGGAAAGAGAACAUGAACUGGUAUCUGAAGCGUAAAUUAUUCAGUAUUAUUGGUGUAAAAAGUUCUGCAUGAAAUUCUAUUUUUUAAAGGUUAUGUAUAUUUUCUUUUAAAUUUAUGCAGAGGUUGAUUGAAUGGAAAURAAUAAUAAUAUAUUAAG